GAGUAAAGCACUUUUUAGCAAUUUUUGGAAGCGUGGUUAGCACGUGUGACUACCUGAAAAAUUCAGUAAAAAAAUGUUGUGAGUGCCCGUUUUGAUCCAAUUAAGUGUCUUAUUCCCACCAGAAUUCAAUAAAAUUCAACAUAUUUUUUGUACUCCGAAAAGUUGGAUUAUUUGAAACAGAGAAAAAUGUCUGGGGGUAAGAAAAAGGGGAAAAAUCCUGCAGCUGUGGACAAUUGGCUGGAUUCAAUCGGACUCUACCGAAAAAAUGUUGCUUAUGAUGAGACCUGCUUAUUUCGGGCUGUUAGUGAACAGCUGUUUCAAUGUCAAAUUUACCACGAAAGAGUCCGCAAAGAAUGUAUAGACUACGGGAGACGACAUCACUAUGACUUUUGGCAUUUGCUCGAGGAUGAAGACGAAUGGUACAAUCAUUUAGAUUUAUUAGAAAAGCAUAUGGUAGUCUGUGGUAGUCUAGAGAUCCAGCUAAUCAGUCACAAGUACAACCGCGAAGUUGUUGUAUACGAUGCUGCACACCAAAAGGUACUCCAAGUUACUCAAAGAGGCUUAGAUGAAAUUCUCAUGCUGUGUCUCAUGAAUGAAGACCAUUAUGAUGUUGUCUAUGAGAAGGAACAUAUACAAAAUGCAGGCUUUUGCCAAUCCAUUGUUUACAGUAUUUUAUAUGAAAAUGUUUUUGAUGUUGUUGAUGUACAAAAAAUUGUGCAUGGUAUGCUGUAUGAGAAAGAAUUUGUGGCUUUAUCAUUUGCCGACAGCAAUGAUAAUUUAGACCCUACAGUGAAAUUAGAGCCAGAAGGUGACAAGAACAAUGCCGUUGUUGUGCCAUCACCAAUGAAUAUAGCUCCUUUUCCGUUCAAGGUAGCUAAAGCUCUUGAUCCCACAAUCUAUAGGAACAUUGAGUAUGAUUCCUGGACUGAAGUUAGGAGAGAACUUCGUCUUGGUGACUGGUAUUACGGAGAUGACAAUUUAAUACUAGGAACACGUUGUAUUCUUAAUCAAGACAACCAAACUUAUGAAUGUUACAUUCAAGAAAUAAUUAAAAAUGAAAAUAAAUGUGUCGUUUAUGUCACAAAAUUGGCCAAAAAGCGAACUGUGAACUACACCGAUUUGUCUCCAGAAAAUGACGCAAAACCAUGGCCUCUGCCAUACAGAUUUACUAAAAACCAGGGCUCGACUCCGCCUCAAGCCGCAACACCGGAUACUAAGCCUCUUAAGUUACCGAAAAGACGUAGAGAUAAACGCAGAGUGAAAAGUCAAAGCGAAUCUCAAGCAUUGGUUUCGUCGGAACAGCUUGCACAAGACAUUGAAGCCUUUAUUGGCGUUCCAUUGCAAAUGCACAAUAAUUCCGAUCAAAAUUACAAUCAACCGGAAAGUCCCCCGCAAAUGUCUAACUCGCAACAUAAUUUACUGGUAACACCGGAGAUCCCAUCGCCGUUGCCUAAGUUUUCCUGGGAAACUCCCUGGAGUAACACCGCUUCUGCAUCGUGCGAAAAAUUCGUGUGGUCGCAACCAGUGACCUCUCCUGCUGUAAAACCGAUGGUAGCAUCGGCUCCAGUCACUCCAAACGUGAUUCCUUAUCAUGAUUCACAAUAUCCAUUUGUCUACAAUUACCCUGCAGACAAUUCAUACAUCUCGUGGAACAACUGUACAACUCCUCCAAACACUCAAUUUCCGGUGGAACCGGAAGAGGAUAUUGAAAGACCCGACAAUUUCCAGGACUACACAGGAAAUUUUGAGCCACAACCUGUUAAAGAGAGACCUCCACUGAUUCUUCCGCCACCAAAUUCUCAAGUUGAGGUGUUUUCACCUGUGAUACCCAUUCCUCCGGGAACUCCGGUGAUCUACGCACAUACUCCAGAUGGAUCGGAAAUGGUAGUACCUGCGCCACCAUUCCAAGUUUAUACUCCUCCAGUAGACGUGCAAUACAUUUCACCAGCACCAUUUUUCUACUCGCCAACGAUUCCAACCACUUGGUAUCCACUAGGAAUCAAUUCUCAGGGAUUUAUUUUCCCAACUCCAGUUAAUCAGAAUUUGCAAAGUAAUUAACAGCGUUUCCAAGAUAUUCUUUAGUAGGAUAACUGUUUAAUUUUUGAAGAGAUUUAUUUUCGUUAUUUUUGUCAGAGUUCAUUAUAGUUUAUCAUGUAUUCAUUUAUUAAUUAAUGCAUUUAAUUAAGUUUGUUUUGUUCUUGUUCAGAAAAAUACAUAUAUUUUUUGAUACUUGUUAUUAGUUGUUAAAUAAUACAUGUGAAAGUGCAAAUACAAAACAUUUAAGUAUU